CCUGUCCUUUUGGGGGAGGGGAGAUGAUCGUGCUGAUGUGGAAUAAGUGCUCCUGCUGUCUCCUCUUACUAGCCGCGGUCCUGAUCGUGGAGAGCUCCCAGCUAGACAGCUCCAGCUCCAAGGUGAACUCCAUCAAGUCCACCCUGAUGGGGGAGGCUCCAACUCAGGCAACCAACAGAUCUGCAGGCAUCCACCAGGGACUGAUGCUUGCUAGCAGUAAGAAGGGCAAAAUGCUAGAGCAGAUGGGAAAACCUCCCAAGCACUAUCACCGGCAAGGAGAGGCGUACCCUUGCACUAACGACAAGGAAUGUGAAGUUGGGCGGUACUGCCACAGCCCUCACCAAGCCACGUCUGCGUGCAUGGUGUGCCGGAGAAAGAAGAAGCGCUGCCACCGGGACGGGAUGUGCUGCCCCAGGAACCGCUGCAACAAUGGUAUUUGCAUACCGGUGACUGAAAGCAUCCUUACUCCUCACAUCCCUGCUCUAGAAGGGCCACGCAACAAGAAGAAUGGUCAUUAUGCAAGUAAGGAUUUGGGCUGGCACAACCUGGGGAGGCCCCGAUCCAAACUGUCACACAUAAAAGGACAUGAAGGCGAUCCCUGCCUACGGUCAUCCGACUGUAUUGAGGGACACUGCUGUGCUCGCCAUUUCUGGACCAAAAUUUGCAAGCCUGUGUUGCAUCAGGGGGAGGUGUGCACCAAACAGCGCAAGAAAGGGUCCCAUGGACUGGAGAUUUUCCAACGAUGUGACUGUGCCAAGGGUUUGUCUUGUAAAGUAUGGAAAGAUGCGACCUCCUCUUCUAAAUCAAGACUUCAUGUGUGCCAGAAGAUCUGAAUGAGGAUUGGGAAGAUAGUAUUAAAUGACUGUGGCUUUAUGUGUUUAAUGCAUUAUGGCAUGGUGGAAAAAGGGGACUGCAAAUGAAAGUGGAAUGGCUAAAUUAACAGUUAGAGUAUGAAUAGAAGUCACACAAAAUGCAUUUCUUUUUGAGCUGGUGGUAAACACAAGCGUAGCUGGAGUUCACCUACUGCGCAGUUCUGUAAAUAAUUCUACAGUUUGUGGGAAAUGCUAGUAUGCAAACAAGUAGAGUGGAAAUGAAUGUCACUUACCUUGCUGUGUUGUCCCAUGAUGUUUCAGGGGUUCAGUGUUAGGGCUACACUGGGUCUCCAGUGUGGUAAGGAUUUUCUACAGAAAUUGUAUACAUUGUACUCCUAUAGGAAGCAGUGGAUGCCAGGAAGACUCAUCUGUCAACACAUCAUUGACCACGUUGCAGGUGUGAGAAAUGGAAAUAAAGUUACUGCGAAUGUUCACAUGUGCUGGUUAUUCAGGCCUGACACUUCAGCAAGGAAGCACUCCUGCAGGACAAGAGUGCUAUGUUUGGCAUGGCCCUUAUGAAAGAAGGUAAAAAUUGGCCAUCUCAAAAUUUCAAGAGAGCAGCAAUUUAUCUAAGAGGAGGCAUGUAAACAGGGUUUUGUUUCCUAUACAUGGGUAAAUUGAAAUGCUUUAUGUAUUCAAUGUCAUAGUAAGGCACUUAAUCACUUGUAUUUGCCUCAGUUUACUGCUAAAAUACAUUGGGUUGAACAGAUGAAGCAAAUGCGUGUGAAUACUGAAUCCAGAAUUAUAUACAGGCAGUUCCUCAUUAGUUCUAAAUAUACUUUCCUUGCCUAAGCAUUCUUGCAUUAUAAACAUUUCCAAAAGAAAUAGCAGAGUGUUGAAGUGCUUAAUAUGAAGAGCUUUGAAGUUAUUUCUCUGUUGCUGUUAUAAUAUAAUAACAUCUCAACAUUUGUUUCAAGUGUUUCAAGUAUACUGCUAUGAACUCAAAUUUUUACAUUUUAUGGCACUCUGCAGCAGGAUAAUGGAUUUGUUCUUGAGACAGCAAAGAAAGAGGAGUUGGGUCUUGGGAGCACCUCCUGUCCUGCAGAAGAGGAUGUAAGAAGAUGGCAUGACCGCAAAUGACUUGUUAAACAUCAUGUGGUGUCUCAGCAUACCAGCCUCCAGCAUGCAUUCAGCCUGAAACUGAUGUCCUCUCACUCUGGAAUGUUCUGCCAGGAAUGACAGAAAUGUAUAGACUGUGGAAACAGCUGCCAACCCUACAUUGUUUGUGUACUGGUUAAAAAAAGGACAGCCUCUGUCCUUUGACUUGUCUCCCAGGUGUCUCUUCAAAUUUUUAAAAUUUUACUUAUUUGCAAAUAUUCUUUUAUAUAAACUUCGGUGAAGAGACUGAUAUUACUUUAAAGAAGUCUGAUUCUGUAAUUGACCUACUGCUAAGUUGUAAUUACGCAUUUAUAAUUACCUAUUUUCAUGUUCUAUAAUACAAGAGACUUUUCUGUUUA